UUCUCUUUGCCAAUUGGAAUGCCAUUAAUACACACAAUAAUAGUGUCGAUAAGUCAAAGCCGGAGUACGUCGAUGACGGAAUCUACUAUGAGUCGGUAACGGUGACUAAUAAAGGCUUUGAAAUGGAAUAUGUCAGGAUCUUAACCAUCUUCACCUGUAUCGACCUCUCAAACAAUAAUUUUCAUGGUGAAAUUCCAAAAUCUGUAGGGGAUCUCCAAUCAUUGAUUGUGUUGAAUCUAUCGAGUAACAAUUUUGACGGCCACAUCCCACUAUCGAUUGAGAAUCUGAAAGAAAUUGAAUCAUUGGAUCUCUCAAACAACAAGCUCUCUGGAAGAAUACCUCAGGAAUUGGCAGCUCUCACAUUUCUUGCGUAUCUCAACCUUAGUAAUAACCAACUUACGGGGCCGAUACCACAAGGUGGACAGAUUAGUACAUUUCUGAAUUCUUCAUUUUAUGGAAAUGAAGAAUUAUGUGGCUUUCCAUUAUCAAAGGAAUGUGAUAGCAGUGAUGAGUCUCCAAGUACACUUGAACAUGAAUCUGAAUUUGAGAGUGGUUUUGGUUGGAAAGCAGUGCUUGUGGGAUUUGGAUGUGGCUUUCUUGGUGGACUGUUGGGUGGAUAUUUCUUCAUUUCGAAGAUAUAAAACAGGUAUCAUAUAAAAUUAUAGCAGUGAUAUUUAAUAGUUAUAGUAUACGUACCAAGUCACUUUUCUACAACUAAGUUAUUAUGUUUAUGUUAUUUCACAUGGGAAUGAUGAUAUUAUAUGAUUGACUCCCAAAAAUCUCAACAGAAAUGAGACAAUGCCAGCUUUCAACAUUGUGACACACAUAUAUACUUGUGUAUAUAUAUAUAUAUCAGCUUUGUUUAAUUUGGUUGAUCUGACUCUUUGUUUCCAUUAUUAUGUUAGAGUGUUUAAUUUGUGAGAAUGUCAGUGUUGCAAUUAAUCUUUCUCUUUUGUUUAUCUUGGUUAAAGUAUGUAACUUCCUUUUAUUGCAGCAAACAUUAUUCCUUUUACUAAAUUAUUUUUAGUACUUUUUUUGUUUAGGAAUUCUGAUUAAUAGAUUUGUUGACUUCUUAUAUGCAUAAUCUUAUGCAUUAUUCACUCAAAGCCCAUAUCAACUAUAGCUACUUUUAUAUGACAUAUAUACAUAUAUGUAUGUGUGUGUACUCAUGUAUCUAUUAUAUAAAUUCUUGACUAUAAACUUGUCAACAAACACACAAAGCCAAAGAGAAACAGAAUAGGAAGAAAAAAAAAGGCAAAGCAGUUACUUGUUUCCAAGUCUAAUCCAAUAAGAAGAUCAAGUGUACACCCUCAAACACUCUCCAAAGAACACAAUUAGCACUCAAUUUCAAACUCAAAGAACCACCAGAGUUAACCCAACAGAACUCACUCAAACACUCCUGUUUUCACUCACCAGAAAACUAAGGCUUGUUCUCAAAGUGUAUCAGAAAAGUAACAUGUACAAAUGAAUGACAAAGCGGUUCAAUGCAAGCUACAGUCUUGUGUAACCGAAAUAACUGUCUGAAAUGUAUGUGACACCAAUAAACGACAUAAACCAUGUAUAUGUAUGUUACUUAUAAUAAUUGAAUGCAUUUUGAAAGCUUUUGUAAACAUUAAUUACUCUCAACUCUCAGAUGGCAUAUGUAUGUGUUCUCAUGUACAUGUGCAUUUUGAACUAUAUUUAUGUUGUAAUAUGUAAUCUACUAAGGCCAAUUAUUAUAUAUAAGACAAAUAUGAGAAUGAGUUGCCAGGAGUGGACAGUAGCAGACCCAAAACUUGAGUUGUCAGGAGUGGACAGUAGCAGACCCAAAACUUGAGCCACCAAUCAUGGUCUGGCCAAUGAUCACAUCAUUUACAAAGUACUUAACACUUCUUAGUUCAAAUCAAAAGCUUGCCAUACAAUUGGCUCAAGUAUAUAGUUUCUUUUUAAUGCAGCAAAUAAAUUUAAUUAACUGAUUUGAUGAGUUCUUAUGCAUUAUUCACUUAAGUCCUUAGAUGGAACUAGUUCUAUACAUGUAUGAUCUUUCUUUUUUUAGAUGUUACUGAAGAAAUUGGUAAUCACAAUUCACAAAACCUAACUUACCAAGAAUAAAAUUUUGGGUAUAUUGCAGCAUUAAUAAUAUCAAAUGUAUGUUAAAUAGUUGUGGAGAAAGUUUUAGUUGAUAGUACUUGACACUUAGUCUUACUAUUGAGUCAGUUAUUGAUUUAAUAUGUGUUAUUCUCUUUUAUGCAUAGCAUUUGACUUGUAUGUCAGUUUGUUUACAUGACAAAUCCUCUGUUCUCUGGUUUAGAAUUUAUACAAAAAUGUGACGAAUCACAUUGAAAAUGCAACAAAGCAAAGUCGAAUACCAGAAGAAGAAAGGUUAAUUAAAAAUAAAGGUUUCUAAUCUCAAUGACCAUGUCACCAUUAAUCAAUCAAGUUCAACUAUGUGAUUCACUUUUAAGGUUGAAUUAUAUGAUUUUGAUUGUAAUGCUGGCACUUUGUACAUCAAAUAUUUUAUAUAACUAGUUAAUCAAGCAAGCCAAUGUAUUUAACAAAUUGAGAAUUGUGUAAUAUAAUUUUUAAUGGUUCACAUCCUUUUGUCUAAACAGUUGAUAUGUUUUUAAGUCAUCAAGGUGUCCUUUUUUUCAGACCAAGUCUUCAAGUUUAUAUAUAUAUAUAUACUUAUUGUUCAACUAAAUUACCUCUGUUUUGGUAGCAAUGUUAUUCUUUUCCUUUUAAUUAGUAUUUCAUUAGUACAGAUCCAGUCAAUUCUACUUGGGCAAGUUUAUUGAUGAGCCUCAAAGAUUUUCAGCAGCUUGGUUUAAUUUGAUAUUUCUCUUUUUGGUUGCCAUAAUAAUAAUAAUAAUAGUCAAAAUAAUCUUUACUAUAUAUAUAUAUAUAUAGAUUCUAUUAAAUUGGAAAAAAAAACUUAAUAUACAAAAAUAGCUAAACUACUGAUCGCACCCCCAAAACACACAUUUAUGUAUUUUACCUCUAAUUUUUACAUUACACCAUAUAUCAACUUAUUUGUAUUUUCUUUACAUCAUAUAAAUAUAUUAUCUUUGCAUAUUUUUUAUUAACUGAAAUAAGAAAAAAAAAAGAAGAGAAAAAUAAGGAAAAGAAUAAAAAAGUGCACUUAUAAGUUUAGCAAAUAAUGAUCCUUAUUCAAAACACAGAUUUCAAAGAAUUACCAACUUCAAUUUGUGUGUUGUACAAUUUGGAAUCACUAUUGUUGGAAUAUUGCAGAGAACUCACACAAUUGCCUAGCAACAUUUUUAAAGAAGAUGCCACCAAGGAUUUGCAAUAUGAUGAAUCUUCAGACAUUAACUAAUUUUGUAUUGUGUGAAAAUGAUGGAUCAAGGAUCAAAGAACUGGGUAAGUUGCUUCUGUAUUUCAGGCCUUGAGUAUAUUAGGGAUGUGAGUGAAGUUUUAGAAGGAAACUUGAAGAACAACAAGUAUCUUACUAAGCUUAUUUUGAAGUGGAAAGAUGAAGCUGGUGAUUCAACAAAAGAAAAGGAAGUACUUGAUGCAAGCUUGCCAAAUUGGGCAACACAUCAAUCGUAUUGUAACUUGGAAAGUGUUUAUCUAAGAAACUGUAAAUAUUGUUGUGUGUCACAGCUAUCGUUUCACCAGCUGAGUUCACUCAAACAUCUUCAGAUUAUGAACACAUAUUGACUGUAAAUGUAUCAGCAUUACAUCUUGCACUGAA